GACAAGCCAGUGUUUUACGUGGUACAUGGAUGAAGGAUAAAGGCACAACUUGACGGUCAACUUAUACAUAAAUAGAAGACUCUGAAAAGAAGAGAUGGGUAAAUGCCCAGAACACUAGGCACAAAAAUAGGUGCUGAGGGUUGCCGAAUAAUCAUAAGAAAUUUCAAUCAAGUCAUGGUAUUUAACCAAAACUGGCUUAUCUGUUGGGGUUUGCAAAUUCGGCUUCGCGGGUGCGCUGAUCAUUGAGCAGCAGUACUAUUCCAAUAAGGGGUUGGGCCUUGUCUCCCCAGGACUACCCCAUGGAAGAGUCGGAUGCCCCCGCACCUCAGGCACAAAUAGCACGCGGCUUAUUUAGGCGAGUCGGGGGGGUGGUUUUCAGGUUGGUAGUGAGAAGCCCCUCUUUUGCUGUCGCAGUUCGCCUGAUGGAACAGAUGUUGGCAAGCUUUUGGCGAAUUGCUCCUAGGGCCUUCGUCGUCGCCUUGUUCAUCGCAACAACAAGUGUCGCCAGCCCUUGCGCUCCAGCUUUAGCUAUUUCCAACCGUCGGGACACAAACCCAGUGCCUCGCUCUCCCCCUGCACUCCUCGCUCAGGCUGCGCCACUUUCGUUCCCCAACAGAACCAACUUCCAAGCACUUGUAGCAGCGGCGGGCUCAUGUGACCCAGGCACUUUCUUCUGUGCCCCCAGUUUUUGUUGUACGACUGGGGGUGAAUGCUGCACGGAUGGCAGUGGGUGCUGCCAGCAGGGCUAUUACUGUCACUCGGCAAGUUGCAUUCCGAACGGUGGGACCCCCUGUGGUAUCGGUCAUUACUGCGAACAGGGGAAAACAUGUUGCCAGCCCGAUAUCAGUUGCUGCAAUCCAGGGUAUAUAUGCGGAUCGGAUUACAGUUGUUCCAUAAACACGCCUACGUCUACCACUCCCACUCCCACGCCCACACCCACAGGAAUACCUUGCGGGACUGGAUAUUGCAAUCCAGGGUACUAUUGUUUUGACAAUGGUUGCAUUCCGAACGGUGGGACCCCCUGUGGUACUGGUCAUUACUGCCAACAGGGGAAAACAUGUUGCCAACCCGGUGUCAGUUGCUGCAAUUCAGGGUAUAUAUGCGGAUCAGACGGCAGUUGUUCUAUAAACUCUCCCACUCCCACUCCCACACCUCCACCUCCACCACCACCACCUCCUCCCACGUCCACGCCCACGCCCACGCCCACACCGACACCGACACCGACACCGACACCAACGCCAACACCGACGCCAACACCGACACCAACACCGACACCGACACCAACGCCAACACCAACGCCAACACCGACACCGACACCGACACCGACACCUACCCCUACCCUUACUCGAACGCCUACUUCUACCCAUACGCCUACGCCCACCACUGGGUCCACAACAUCUACUUCGACGACCCCGGCACUGCCGACAAUUUACUUCGCGGAUCUUCCAGGAAUAAACGAUGCUGUCACUAAAAAUAUCUGCAGCGGUUUAAGACAGCGCAACAAAGGGAAUUCGGAAGUUUUAACAUAUGCUAAGCGAACCGAGAAUCAAAAGAAAACAAUUCGCGCCCAAGCUGGAUGCGUUACUAGCAAGUGCAAUUCUACGACUACGGGUCUCUCGUGUACCGAGUACCCAUUCGUGUCCACCCUGGAAGGAGCUAACAGCCCACAAAUCGCAUGCAUACCUGCUUUCCAGAAUACAUUCCUAGGGGCCUAUCUCAAUCUUUUCAUUUCCCAAUAUCAUAUUUCAGACGGCGCUCAGUUCCUUGUCCUAGCUAAUUGUAGUCAUCUUUCCAGGCGGGAUUCGAUUCGUGGAUCUGGCUCGAGUGGAACGUUACUUCCGCCUUUCGGCAUAGGCUCAGAUAAUUCAUCUGGGCAUGUUGUACUUCCGCUCGGUGAUCUCCAAGCCGGGAAUUACACGACGGACACGGCAUCUGAUAAACUCGCCGGCAUCGCCGGGAGUAUCGCCAUUUAUGACUCAGAUGGUGCCAACUUUUCUCAAGCGCCCAUUGGUAUGGAUGGGGGUAACUCCUUGGCCUUCACACUUCACGAAGAUGGGACAGGAUUAGGUGCCGUGAUAUCACCCCAAUCGCCCAUUAACGGGAACAUAUCAGUCAGAUUCAACUUCACUGGAAACCUCCUUAUUCGAAAUUCUAGUCCUAUGUCUAACCACCCAAAUUUGAUAGUCUUUUUCGGAGCGUUUGCUGUAGCAGUCCUUUCUCUGGUUUGGCUAUGAGAUUGCCCACUCUUUGGGCAUUAUGAUCUCUUGUAUUAACUCUUGUAUUAACAUCGACUUCUGGCGACUCCUGUAACUCCAACCUAGCCUUCAACUAGUCAUUUCAUAUUUGAUCCACUGUAUUGAUUCUGAUGUACGUCUUUCUUGGGACCGGCAUUCACGUUAAUGAAAUGCUUAUCUGUUCUUGUU